AUGCCGACGGGCUGCCGGCUGCGGCCGCUGGGCGACAACGCGGGCCAGCCCGUGGAGCUGGGCGGGCGCAGCACGACGCUGGGCCGCGCCGAGGACAACGACGUCCAGGCGGCGCCGCGGUCCGUGAGCGGCUACCACGCGGAGCUCGAGCUGCUCGACGGCGGCGGCGCCGUGCUGCACGACCGCGGCGCCGACGGCGCCGGCUCGCGCUUCGGCUCCUUCGUGGGCGAGCGGCACUUCCUCGGCGGCUGGCGCGAGGUGCGCCACGGCGACAUUUUGCGGCUCGGCACGCUGCAGCACGGCGUCGCGUUCCGCUACGAGGAGGACAGCGGCGCGCCGCUGCCGCCGCCGCCGCGGCCGGAGACGUUCCUCGAGGACCCGAAUGCGCUGCAGAACGCCGCGGGCCUGCGCAACGCGCGCGCGCGCGACGGCGAGCGGCCGCCGCGGUCCGCGCCUCCCGCCGGCGACGACCCGCGCGCCGCGGGCCUGCGGUCGCCGGAGGACCGGCGACGGCGCGACGUGCCCGUGAGCGUCUCCUACGCCGUCGCCGACGGCGUGCGCACGGACGACGGCGCGGGGAGACGCGUGGGCUUCGACCGCCGCUUCCCGCAGUCGUCCGCGGACGUCUCCCUCAAGGCGUCGAUGGCGAAGGAGCACGACGCGACGCGCCGGGCUCUGGAAGAGGCGCAGCGCAAGCGGGACGAGGCCGACGAGCUCGAGGCCCUCAAGCACCGCCGCCGGGGCCGGCGCCAUCCGCCGCCCGAGGAGCCGCCGCGCCGACCCGCGCCCGAGGUGGCGGAGGUGCCCGAGGUCGACGACGACGACGACGGCGGCGACGGCCGCCCCGACGCCGUCCUCGCGCCGCGCCGCGAGUCGACCCGCGCGCGGCCGCCGCGCUACGGGCCGCGCGACGACGAGGACGACGACGCCGGGCUCCGGGCCGCGCCGCGGUCGCCGCCGCCGCGCGAGGGCCGCGUCGUCGAGGAGGGCGUGCCGCCCGCGCGGCCGCCGCCCGCGGAGCAGGCCUACGCGCGGCCGCCGCCCGCGCGGCGGUCGCCGCCGCGCCGCGAGGCCCGGGAGGCGUACGCGCGGCCGCCGCCCGCGCAGCGGUCGUCGUCGGCGCUGAGCGCGAUGCGCGAGGACGAGGAGUCGUCCUUCGGCGACGGCUUCAGCGCGCCGCUGCCCGAGCCGCCGAGCCUGGGCGUCGCGUCGCUCGACGCCUGGGGCGCCGCGCUGCCGCCCGUCGUGCCGCGCUUCGGCGGCGACGACGUCGAGCUCGACCGCCUCGAGUCGUCGCUCGCGCCGGGCGAGGAGCGCGCGGUGCUGCGCGCGCGCGAGCGCGCGGCCGAGUCCAUGCGGCGCCUGAACCAGGCGCUCGCCGGGGUCCGCCCCUUCGCCGAGCUGCGGCCCCGCGACCUGGGCGCGCCGUCGCCCGGCGCGCCGCCCGCGGCCGCGCCGGCGCUCGUCCCGGCCGCGUCGCCGGUCCGGCCGCCGCCGCCGGAGCUCGAGGACGCGGCCGCGGAGGACGCGCGGCGCGCGUCCGCGGCGUCCGCGGCGUCCGCCGUCGCCGCCGAGGCCGAGGUCGAGCGGCUGCGCGCGCAAGUCGCGUCGCUCACCGGCGACCUCGCGGCCGCGGCCGACGCGGACGCCGCGGCGGCCCGGGCCGAGCUCCGCGAGCUGUCCCGGGCCGUCGCCGAGCUCGUGCCGCGCGUCGACGGCCUCGUGGCGAAGAACGCGGCGGACCUCGCCGGCGAGGGCCCCGCGGCCGCGGCGCUCUCCGCGCAGAUGGGCGUCUGCCGCGCGCUCCGCGACGACGUCCGGGCCGCUUUGAAGCCGCCGCCGUCGUCGGACUCGGCCUUCUCCGACGACGACGAGGACGACGACGUCGCGCCCGCGGCCCUCGGCGACGACGGCCGGCGGCCGGCGGCGGCGCCCGACGCGUCGCCGGCGGCCGGCGGCCGCCGCGAGACGCGGCGCCAAUCGCGGCGCGCGUCCGUCCGCGACGACCGGAGCGCCCGGAGCCGGGGCUCGUCGUCGCGGCGGAGCCGCGAGCGGGGCGGCGCGCGGCGCCUCGAGGCGGGCCUCCAGGGCCAGAUCGACGAUCUGCGGACGGAGCUCCGCGCGCGGCCCGAGGCCGCGGCGGCGCCGCCGGAGGACCCCGUGCUCGGGUCGCUGGUCAAGAGCGUCGCGGACAUGCAGGAGGCCAUGAAGCGCGACCGCGACGAGCGGGACCGGAACGCGACGCGCGACGACAUGGCCGCGAUGCGCGGCGCGCUCCAGGAGGUGCUCGUGCGCCAGCAGGUCGCGCCGACCGUGCAGCCCGCGGCGACGCAGCCGGCGGCGCCCUACCCGCCGCCGGCGGCGCCCUACGCGGCCGGCGAGCUGGCGGACGUCCGCGAGAGCCUGCGGAGGCUCCAGAGCGACGUGCUCCAGGCGCGGCCCCUGCCCGUCGCCGCCGCGGCGCCGAGCGACGCCGGGCCGCCGGCGUGGUACGGCGAGCUCGGCCGGCGCCUCGACGCCCUGGCCCUCGACGUCCGGGGCCUCCGCGAGGGCGGGCGGCGCGACGCGGCGGCGGCCGAGGUCGUCGCCGCGCGGUCGCGCGCCGCGGAGCUCGCGCACGCCGGCCACGGCGACCCGCGCAUGCCCGAGCUCGUCGCCGCGUUGCAGCAGCGCGUCGUGAGCCUCGACGGCGAGAUCGUGCGGCUGAGGGACGCGGCGACGCCGCGGACGCCGGGGCCGCCCGACGCCGGGGGCGCGUCGCGGCGCCUCCUGGACCAGCUCCAGGAGGAAGUCGGCGAGCUGCGCAGGACCCAGGCGCACGCGAGCGCGGGCGUCGAGGACGCCGUGCAGCGGGGCCUGGCGUCCCUGGCGAAGAGCGUCGACGACCGGCUGCGACAGCCGAGCGACGCGAUCGCGGGGCUUCGCCGAUCCGUCGAGUCCCUCGCGGGCGACUUCCGGCGGGCGCUCGACGACGGCGACCCGGGCGGCUACGUCGUCGAGGCGCCGGCGCCCAUGCGCGUGCCCGACGACGCGGACCUCGCGCGGACGCCGCAGCGGCGCCGCCGGGCCGGGGGCGUCCGCGCGUCCGUGGAGGACGCGUCCCUGGCGUUCAGGCGCGACCUCGACGGCGCGGCGCGGCGUCUUUUUCGAGCAUGCCUGGCGACGUCCGUGGCGAAGACGCACGACGCGCUGCACGCGCUGACGUCGCGCGACGCGCGCGUGACCGCGGAGCUCGACGGCAUCCAGGCGAAGCUGGCGAGCGCCCACGACGAGGCCGCGCGGCGCCACGACCUCAUCCUCGACACGCUCCGGUCCGCGCCGACGUCCGCGCCGGACUUUGGCGCGCUGCGGCGGGAUCUCAAGGACGCGCACGACCACGCGGCGCGCCAGCGCGAGCGGCUGCUCGAGCGGGUCGCGGGCCAGGGCGACGCGCUCGUCGCCCGCGAGCUCGAGCGCUUCGAGCGGGACGCGGGCGCGCGCCACGCGGCGGUCCUCGAGAGGCUCGAGGCGACGCCCGUCGUCGCGCCCGAGGCGCUCGAGGCGCUCCGCGUCGACGUCGAGAACCUGCGCAAGGCGGCCGCGGACGACUCCGCGGCGCUCGCGCUGAGCCACGCGGACGUCUCCGGCGCGCUCCAGCGGUCGCACGCGAUCCUCGCGGCCAAGUACGAGGCCAUGGAGGCGGCCAUGGCGUUGAAGACGCGGCGCGAGAGCGACGGCCUCCGCGCGGCCAUCGACGACCUCCAGGCAUCGCUCCGGGCGACGCACGACGCGGCGGCGGAGCGGCACGCGGCGCUGCUCGACCGCAUGGAGGCCGCCGACGCGGGCGGCGCGCGCGCCGCGCGCGCCGCCGAGGCCGCCGUCGUCGCGCUCCGCGAGGACUUCGACCGCGCCAAGGCCGCGACGGCCGCGCGGCACGAGGGCCUCCUGGCGAAGCUGGAACUCCAACGGACGAUGCUGCGGAACCCGAGCGAGACGUCGACGGAGGCGUCGACGCGCCAGGACCGGCGCCGGUCGUCCAUGCAGCUGCUCAAGGCGGACCUGGCCGCGUUGAAGGCGCGGACGGACGACGGCGACGGCCGCGCGGGCGACGUCGCCGCCGCCGUGAAAGACCAGCUGGCGACGUACCUGGCCGACCUCCGGGACGAGGCUUCGGGCGGCGACCAGGACGCCGCGGAGGUGCGCGCGGAAUUGCGCGCCCUCCAGCUGUCCAUCGCGGAGAUGCGCGAGGAGUCGCCGCGGCCCGACUUGCCCGCGGAGGCGCCGACGCCCGCGAUGCUGGAGAUUCAACGGGAACUCGGCCAUCUCUCGGAGCAGCUCAAGCAGGCCAUGCCGUCGCCGAACACGGCGCACCGGCGCGCGAGCUUCCAGGUCAUGAAGGCCGAGCUGGACCAGCUGAAAUCCGCGCAGCGCAACGCGCCCGACGCCGCGGAGAUGCUCAAGGAGACCAUGCGCGACUACGUGGACCAGAUCCGCGGCGACGCCGCCGAGGGCGACCGGGAGAUCAUCCGCGCGGAGCUGGGAACAUUGGCCGACCGGCUGUCGGAGGUCACGGCCGCGCAGCAGGAGCUCCUGUCGCCGCGGGAGCGCGAGGCGGACCCGGCGCUGCUGGAACUGUCGGACCAGCUGGCCCAGCUCCGCCGCGACAUGGUGACCCAGCAGCAGCAGCAGCGGCGGCCGUCGUCGUCGAGCCAGCGGCCGUCGAUGGUCGCGCUCCGCGAGGACGUCGAGGCGCUGCGCAGCCGCCACGAGGCCGCGCCGCGCGAGGCGCUCGACGCCGUCCGCGGCGACUUCCAGCGCUUCGUCGAGGAGCUCCGGUCCGACUUCACUCGCACGUCGACGGACGAGCGCGACGCCAUGCGCGUCGAGGUCGCGGCGCUCCACGAGAAGCUGCAGGACAUGCGCGAGGACCAGCUCCACUCGCCGCGCACGGAAGACGCCUACGACCACCUCGUCGAGCAAUUCGAAGCUCUGCGAGCGGACCUGCAGCCCAAGGAGCCGCCGAAACCGAGGCAGAGUCUGGCGCGGCGGUCUUCUUUACAGCUCGUCAAGGCGGAACUGGCGGAUUUGAAGCGGCGGAAGAACAGCGAGCACCUGUCCGCGGACGCGCUCGACGCCGUCCAGGGCAACCUCAAGUCCUACGUCGACGAUUUACGACGAGACAUGGUCGCGAGCGGCGACCGCGACGAGAUGCGCGGCGAGUUGCACGCCUUGCAGUCGCAAAUCGCUCAACUGGCGGCGUCGCCGCGCCUCGCGGAGGCGCCCGUGCCGUCCGCGGCGAGCCUCGAGGCGCGCAUCCAGCCGUUCCUGGCCGAGCAGCUCGCUCCUGUCCUCGCCGAGCUCCGCAAGCCGCCGCCCGUCGUGCAGUUGCAGCUCCCGCAGCAGCAGACGGAGCGGCCGGGCCGGCGGAGCAGCCUGGCGUCCGUCAAGGCCGACCUGGCCCAGCUGCGCCACAACCAGCACGACCGGGUCUCGAAGGAGUCCAUCGUGCGGUCCGUGCAGAGCGGCCUGGAGACCUACGUCAAGGACCUGCGGGCCGACGCGUCCGCGGCGAGCGACGCGGAGCGGAACGGCAUGCGCGAAGAAAUCGCGGUGCUCCAACGAGCGCUGAACGACGCCCGGGCCGACGCGGCGGCGCAGCACGCCCAUUCGGAUCACGGGGCGGCGGACCACAGCUCGCUGGACUCGACGCGGCAUUCGCGCAAGAGCCUCCGACACUCGGACUCGGGCGUCGUCCGCAAGCAGGUGGAAGCCAUGAAGGACCAGCGCGUUUCCGGCGCCGUUCUUUCCCCUGUUUUACUUCGUACACCGCGCCGUCGUCCCAGGUUCCAGAAGUACGCCGAGGACCUACGGAGCGGUUUGGUGGGGGCCGUCUCCACGGCGGAGAAGGACGAAAUUAAGGCCGAACUUCGCCAGCUCGCGGCGGAGAUGCGCUCGUCGCCGCGCUCGCAGCCGGCGGACGACGAGGCCGCGCGGACCCACGACGACGCCAUGGCGUCCAUGCGCGCGGAGCUGGAAUCGCUUCGCGCGGAGGUCGCGCGGCCGCGCGCGCCGACGCGCGACAAGCGGCGGACGUCGUACGCCGCCAUGAAGCACGACCUCUCCAUGCUGAAGAAGCGGCCCGGGAUGGACGACGAGGCGGUCCGCCAGCAGGCCGUGGAGAGCCUGCGCGGUGACCUGAAGCAGUACGCCGACGACCUCAACGCGGGCGUCGUCGGCGGCACGAAGCAGGAUCGCGAGGAGAUGCGCGACGAGCUGCGCAGCCUCUUCCAGGAGUUCGCCGCCGCGCAGCAGGACCUCGCGCCGGGCGUCGAGGAGGCCAAGGAGCCGGACGAGGCGUCGCGCAAGCUGAGCGCGCUGACGCGGCAGCUCGAGGCGCUCCAGUCCCAGGGAGUGUCCCAGGUCGCCGCGCAGCAGCCCGCGGAGGCGCGACGGGCGAGGGAGACGACCUUCAACGUCAUGAAGCGGGACCUGUCCAUGCUGCGCAACAAGGACCGGCUCGGCGAUCAAGGCGAACGCGGCGCGACGGCCGGCGAGCUCGAGCGCGUCAAGUCCGAGAUGGCCGCCUACGCCGCGGACCUGCGGAGCGGCCUGCUCGUCGAGACGAACGACGCGGAGAAGGAGAAAAUGCGCGAGGAGGUGCGCGCGCUCAAGGCGGAGGUCGCCUCCAUGCCGCGGCCCGACGACUCCGCCGCGUCGCGCGCGCUGGAACAGCUCGCGGAGCAGCUCGGCAGUCGUCUCCAGCAGGCGGCGCUGCCCGCGGCGCACGGCCGGCCGCGGCCGACGAUGUACCCCGCGGAGCGGCGGUCGACGCUGAACCACAUGAAGGCGGAUCUGGAAAAGCUGAAGGCCGCGACGGCGUCGGACAACGCGCAGGCGACCAUCGAGAGCCUGCGCAAGGAGCUGGACGUCUACGCGGCGGACAUCCGCGCGAACCUGGAGCGCGGCGAGUCGCCCGUCGUCGCGGACCUGCAGCAGCAGCUCGUCGAGGCCCACGGCGCGAUCCACGAGCGCGUCGCCACGGACCCGGAGACGGCCCAGCAGCUCGCGAGCGUCAACGCGCAGCUGACGACGCUGCAGGCGCAGGUGCUCGGGGCCGUCGACGUGAGCCCGCGCGAGGUGAAGCGCGACGAGCGGCGGAGCACGCUCGCGGUCAUGAAGAAGGAUCUGGACCGGCUGCGCAAUCGAUCCAAGUACGACCCGCCGCCCGAGGGGUUCGUCGACGCCAUGAAGGCCGACGUCGCGAACUACGUCCGAACCGUCGCGGCGUCGCUCGCCGCGGAGAGCCAGUCGUCCGACGACGACGCCGACAAGGAAGAGAUGAGGGAAGAAUUGCGCCUGUUGAAGCGGCAGCUCGACGACGUGAAGGAAUCGCAGAAGCGCCAGGACACGCCGCGGUCCGAGUCGAGCGAGAGCGACGACGACGACGACGACGACCCGCUGCAGCUCGUCUCGAAGCAGCUCGUCGACAUCCAGCAGGCGCUCCAGCCCAAGGCGGCCAAGGACCGGCGCACGACCUUCGCGACGAUGAAGCAGGAUCUCGAGGGCCUGAAGAAGCGCGCGGCCAAGGGCGAGGCCGUGUCCGACGCGGCGGCGAAGACCGUGACGUCCGACCUGGCGCGCUACGCCGCGGAGCUGGCGGAGACGCUCAAGCGCGACACGGCCGAGGACCGGGCGGAGAUGGAGGCCGAGUUGCGAUCGUUGCGCGCGUUGGCGUCCGAGGUGCCGCAGCGGGACGACGCGGCGCUCGCCUCCACUUUGAGCACUCUGGCGACCCAGAUUUCCAGCAUGCAGCAGGCCAUGCUCCGCCACGAGACGUCGGCGCCCGUCGUGCGCCAGACGCGGCGCGCGUCCAUGGCCAACGUCGUCCAGGAUCUGCAAUCGCUAAAAACGGACGCGACGGACGAGAAAGUCGCCGCGGCCAAGGAGGAUCUCGCGAGCUACGCGGAGAGCCUGCGCCGGGGUCUGGCCAACGCCGAGGCGCCCGCGGACCGCGACGAGCUGAGAAGCGAGCUUACGGCGUUACAACGAGCAGUGGUCGAGCUCAAGGAGGUCGACAAGGACGCCGCGCGGCCGGGACGCUUCACGGAGCUCGGCGACCAGCUCGUGGAGCUGCGCAAGGACGUCGCGAAACCGUCCGCGGCGAACCGGCACCGGCGCACGUCCUACGUCGCCAUCAAGCGAGACUCUGUGCGAGACUUGGAGGACCUCAAGAAGGACCGCGCGAGGACGGGGGGCCUCGCGCCCGUCUCCGAGGACCUCGGCCACGUCUCCGAGGAUCUCAAGGCCUACGUCGACGACCUGCGCUCGGCGAUCAAGUCGGACCCGACGGCCGACGAGUCCAAGGACGACGGUUUGGCGAUGAUCGGCGCGGAACUGCAGUCGCUGCGCGCGGAGCUCGUCGCGCCGCCGGCCGCGCGCGCGCACCGGCGGUCGUCCUUCGCCGCUCUGAAAGCCGAUCUCGUGGAGCUCAAGAAGCGCGGCGGCGUCGACGAGGACGCGCUGGCCUACGUCAAGCAGGACAUCGCGACGUACGUCCGCGAGCUCAGGGAGGAGGCGAAGCCCGACGCGUUCGACGGCGACAACGCCAACGCCAUGCGCGAGGAGCUUCGCAUCCUCCAGAAGGAGCUCGCCGACGUGCGGGACGCGCAGGCCCGGCGGCCGGCGUCGCCGCGGUCGCCGCGGUCGCCGCGGACGCCCCGGGCAGUGUGGAUUCCACCCACUGGUUUGGGGGUCCCCACCAAACUUCAGAACUCUCUAUCUCGAUCAAAUCGAUGUCGAUUUGGCUGA